AGGAAAAUGGCACUCUCGUUCUCACUCUCUUCAAGCGUAACUGUUUCUAACCGUUUUCCUUCUUGUUGCAUUUCGAAACUGAAUGGUAAGAGUUGUAAUGGGUUUAAUAAAGUGGUAUGUUCGUCACGGAAGGAUAAGAAUCCGUUAAUUGGAAUUGGUUUGGGGUUUGUAACGGCUAUGGUUACGGGAUUAACGGCGUUAAAUGCUGAUGCAACGAGAAUUGAAUACUAUGCUACUGUAGCAGAGCCAAAGUGUGAGCUUAAUUAUGCUAAGUCUGGGCUUGGUUAUUGUGAUGCUGUUGAGGGUUUUGGUGAUGAAGCUCCUCUUGGAGAGCUUAUUAUUAUUCAUUAUACUGCGAGAUUCGACGACGGGAUUGUAUUUGAUAGUAGUUAUAAACGUGGAAGACCGCUCACUAUGCGUAUUGGGGUUGGUAAGGUAAUUAAGGGAUUGGAUCAGGGGAUUUUGGGGGGUGAAGGAGUACCUCCGAUGCGGAUAGGUGGGAAACGUCAGCUAUUGAUUCCUCCAUUGUUAGCAUAUGGCCCUGAACCUGCAGGAUGCUUCUCAGGUGACUGCAAUAUACCGGGCAAUGCCACUCUUCUGUAUGAUAUUAAAUUUGUUGGUCUUUAUACGGAUGAACAACACAUGGAUUGAUUUAGAGCAAUGAAAUGGGCUUUUUUGCUUGGGAAUGUGGAUCAACUUGUUAGACAAAGUCUCCUUCCUGGUUCCAGCUUUAUCAAGUUACUGUUCCUGGUUAGUGCAGUUGGACAUGAUUGACCUGAGUCCUCCUUUUAAGAGUAACAAGGAACCAUUCCUGGUGUGGUGAUAUAGAUUAGACAAGUCUGGUAUAUCUAUGCACAUAAGAUGAUGCAACUUUUGUAUAUUUAAUGUAAAUGUAAUUUUCAAUGAUGCUGGGUGCAAUGAAAUGCCAAUGUAAUUCUUUAUAUGAUAAAUGGCAUGAUCCCUAUUACUUGUAUA